AUGAAAGUGAAAAUAAUAGAUUGGCAUGGUGUGUCAUCGUGGCAUUGGAACCUUGUUUCCGAUAAUCAAAAUGAAUCCGAAUACGUUGAUGAAUUAUGUGGUAUUUGCAGAGUAGCCUUCGAUGGUACUUGUCCCAACUGUCUUUAUCCAGGAGACGAUUGUCCCAUUGUCCUUGGAGCAGGAUGCAGUCAUAACUUCCAUCUUCAUUGUAUUUACAAGUGGUUAGAGCAGAACUCGUCAAAAGGUCUCUGUCCAAUGUGUAGGCAAGUGUUCACUUAUAAAGAGAGUUAUCCAAUCGUCACUGAAGAAUUGACCAAUUUACAAAAUCUAAUCCAAGGCCAUAAGUCAGUCAGAGAGAGUGGCAGAGAAGUUGGUCAAGAGGCGGAUGGCUUCGAAGAUGAUGGUGAUUUACAAAUGUCUGCCUAA